AUGAACUCAACCGGCAGGCGCCUGUCGGACAUGUUCUCCAAGAUCCGCCGCGGCAACUCCACCGAUCACAAUCCACACCAGACCGAGCAUUUGUUGGCUCAAGACAAUCGCUCUCCAUCUUCACCUCGGUAUAGGAGCAUGGCCCGUGCCUCGCCACCUAGUCCCGCCGAACGAUAUGGUAGUGGUCAUCCACCCAGAUAUCGCACAGAAUCGCCACCAUCAUCGAGAUCGGAAUAUCAGAUGUCGAUUCGCGACCCGAUAAUUAGGCGUAAUCGUUAUAACACAAUGGAACACUCACGAUCCUCUCACGACCCUCAAUAUCUACACCAUCAUCAUCAAGAUCAUUACCAACAGAGUCAUCCGCAACACUCCCAUCAUCCACAACAUCUUCAACAUUCUCAUCACAAAAUGUAUCAGAAUCAUAAUCAGUAUUCGAGAAGCCCAAUAUACUCGGAUGAUUCUAGUGUCGCUGAAAGUUAUAGACGGGAAAGGGAAAUGAGAAGAUAUCAAGAUUCCACACCUCAAGACGUCAGCGAGGACGACGACCCAAUGCCCACCGCUGUUCGAGCACGCCGAUUACCUCUGAUUUCCACCAUGCCCACACAUUAUGAGUCUGCUUUCCAACCAUCAUAUAACCAGCAUUUGAAUGAUUCCUAUGGUCUAGGUACCGGGUACCAACGUGAUUAUCACACUAGCCAUCCGCACCACUCGCACCAUUCGCAAUCACACCAGCAACAACAGCAGCAACAUCAUCAGCCAAUGUACAGCACGUCACCACUAAUCUCACCGAGAUCCAGUCAUAGCUACUAUACGCCGAGGAGCUCACAGUACUACGAAAUUCCAUCGCCGAGUCCCGAUAUCUACCCAUCCUAUCGUGCGUCGGCCUCGCCUCGCCGGUACCCCACCAGUACCGUCGUCGUUGCCCCGGACCGUGAAGGCUCAAGUGCUCGUGUCAUCCAGGCUCAACCUGGCUCCAUUCCACUCUCUGACUCGGAAACCGAAGAUGAUCCUCGAUGGGCUAUUGUCUAA